AUGCGCCGAGCACUACUCUUCUGCCUCGGGCUGUUCGCCCUCUUGCUCCUCAUCAUCGCCCGCUUCGACUGUAGGGUGCCGUCGAAUGUUAUCAUGGUCAACGAUGCCUCCGCCGAGCAAAUGCAAAAAGGAAGUGCUAGCACUCUCCAGGCCAGCAUCGCGGACCCAUGGCCUCUAGUCGUCAGGAACAACCAACGGCUUCGAGUAGUCAAGUACUGUUACCACAACCAGCAAAUACGAGACACACUCCACUGCAAGGUCCAACACACUUUUCAACGUUGGGCUGCAAAGCUUGGGUACCCUGCCAGUGCACAGACGGGUCACAAUCUCGGAUGGGAAGAAGCCCAUGACGGCAAUGCGGACCCCUCUCAGCGUCGCGUCGAGUACUGUUACGACCAUACGAACCUUGCUUGGAACCCUAGGGCGGACUGUGGCUCUCUUUUCAUAAGCAUCAAUUAUAAGGAAACCGAUGGUGCCUAUGCCACCACCCCAUACGAUGCACAAAGCAACGAGGCUAGUCGCUAUUGGAUAAUGAUGGCCCCUAACGCAGGAAUCGACGCUAUCACACACGAGGAAUUAGCAAAUAUCGGAGUAGUGUUUGGUAUGGCCCACGAGGCGCAACGAUACGAUCGUGACAAUCACGUUUUCUACCAGUGCCAUAACCUCAAGGGCUACAACGACGCUCGAGCGAAGACCAUGGCAGACGACUCUCACCUGACAGAAGCCGAAGCCCACAGGAAGCUUUGUGAAGAGGAAGCUUUCGCCCGCAGAUACAACCUUGAUAGUACGAAGUAUUUGAAGAAUCCUCGGGGUGGAACACCACACGACGAAGGUGCUUUCAACUUCGACUCCAUCAUGAUCUAG